AUUUGAGUCUUACCUGAUCGUGUGUUGGUUUCUCUGAAGAUCACUUGACUGAGACUGAGGUAUUCAGGCCUUUAAGAAAUUACUUUUGAUUUUAAAAAAAAAGGGAGAUCCUUUCACCUCGUAACCUCCGAGAACGAUGAAUAACUUUUGGAAAGCAGUCACUGUUCUGGGUGCCUUCAUCGCAGUCGCACAAUGCCUGAACUGUCGUCAGUGUCCCAUUGGGAUAUUUGGGACGUGCCUGUUCGGAAGCGACGUCACAUGCAAUAAUCAGACUCAGAGCUGUUAUACUGGAGAAGCACAGUUCAAUGCUACAGGGGUGGUGAAACUGCACAUCCGUGGCUGCCUGGACUCCGACCUGUGUGGGAAGACACUGACAGGGAGCCUCCUGGGUGCUGCUUACACCAGCAGUUUCCAGUGCUGUACCACAGAUCUGUGCAACGGAGCCACCUCGGUCCAGAUCUCUCUGACUGUGGCCCUGUGUGCUGCCAUCCUGUCCUCUCUGUGGGGCACCUGGGAGUUGUAGUUUUACGUGAUCUAUCCCUGUUUCCAAUGUUGGUUUUAAUCUUUACUAAUUCUUGCUAAUUCAGUUAAAUAUUUAUCAGCAUAAUCCUCACAUUGAUUUGUUCUAUUUACCCAGUAAUGAAGAGAUCACUUUAACAAAAUCCAUGAAGAAUCAUUUAAAAGAAUCUUUAGGGCCUGUUUUUCUGCAUCUUGUCAUCAUAAUAUAUACAAAUUCAGGGUGUUGUCCAGCAGCAAGGACACUGAAGUCAUGUCUCUUUAUGUUUUCUGCUUAGCUUUACGUUUGCUUGAGCUUGCUUGAGCAAAACUCUGAUUCAAAUCGGGACCCUGGCUGGCAAAAUAAAAAAUAUCAAAGAACAAACAGA